UUUCCCUUUUAAGAUAGAUUUUUGCACCCCAAAAGAGAAUAAUGAACGAUAGGAAGAAGAGAUACUCUGACGAAAACGAGGAAGAGAUGGCGUAUACGAACGAGAAUGGUGUGUCUGAUUACCAAUACCAGAAUGAAAGUAUGCCAAGUAGUUAUCAGUACUAUCAAAACAUGAGAUAUGAUGAUCGCUAUCCAAACUCUUAUCAGGAUGAUUAUAACUACCGGUACAACACAUAUCAUGAGCCGCCGAGGCAUUUCGAUCCACGAUACGAGCCGCGCAACAUGCACUACAACCAGGAAUACAACCAACCUGCCUAUGAGCGACCGGCUGGAAUGGCUGCGCACGAGUUCCCGAAAACAAGAAUUGAGGAAGAAAAUAUGGAAAUUGAACAUGUGGCCAAAAAGAAGGCAACGAAAAGCGGAAGAAAGAAAAUUAAGAUGGCCUACAUUGAGGGCAAGAACAAGAGAAGCGUAACAUUCUCGAAAAGAAAGAAGGGAAUCAUGAAGAAGGCGUAUGAACUGAACAUGCUGACAAAGUCGCAGAUUCUACUUCUUGUGGCAUCCGAGAGCGGGCAUGUAUACACGUUUGCAACCCCAAAACUUAAGCCGAUAAUUUCUAAGCAUGAGAAUUUAAUACAACAGUGCCUCAAUGCUCCCAAUACACCGGACAAGUCAAAGUUUAUACCAGAUAUGGAUGAGAAUGGGGCUAUCCACGACAGUGAAAGGCAUCCGUAUGUAAACAGGCAGGACUACUAUGACGGAGGAUACGACUCUAAUGGAAGGGAUUAUGAUAUGAAUGAGAGAAAAUAAGCUUUUAAAUUUAAUUAAACACUAUUAGCACGAACAUGUACACAUCGUUGUAAUGGUGUGAAUUGUUAC